GUGAACUAGAAGACGUUGUCGCCGGUGGACGUCGCGGUGUGUCUUGAGUUUUUUUGUGUAUUUUUUGCGUGUGCGUCGAUUGCGCUACCCCGUGUCCUUAACAUUGGGCGUACGUUUUGGUCGUUUGGUCGAGUGUAACAAUAGGAUAAAAAUAAAUAUAAAUCUAACCUCUCUCGUUCUCUCUUCCUGUGCACCUUUGUAACUGAAGUAAAACAAGCCAAUAAAAGGGGGUGAUUCUCAAGAGAAAGAGAGAAAAAAAACGGUUUCCCUUCAAGUGGUUCAUGAUCAUUUAUAUGCGAAUGAUCGUAUUAUUUGUGAAUAGUGAUUUUUGUUUACUGUAAAGCGUGCUCCUUCUACCAAGAAGAAUCAUUUAAAUUGGAAUUGAAAAAAAACAGCUGUUUCAAAAGCUGUUACAAUCAAGUGUUCCCGCCUGAAUGCACCGUAUGUGAUGCCAUUAAAGGGUGGUACCGUUCCGUUCGGCUAUCGCUAGUUUUUGUGACAUUUUCGCUAAAUUGUGUGUUGGAUUGGUGCGGUGCCUAGCGGUUUAAAAUAGCAGCUUAAAAAAUCAUAGCUAACCCACAGUUAGGCGGGAUCGGGUUAGGCAGUGGAAGGUAUAUACACACUCACACACACAACGCGAUCAAGUCUUGUGCGCGGCGCGAUUGUGCGAUCAAAAUCCCACUAGUUGAGUGUGUUCAUCCAACCCAGCUGCUGCCCAAGGUGAAGGUGAUAGAAGGGAAGAAGUGCAGGGCAGUGCGGCUUAAAAUUAUUAUGAUCCACCCCUGGCCGCUCACUGUGGUGGGUUUUGGUCUCACCUCUCCCCGCUGACGGGUACGGUUGCGAUGAUGUACGUUCGGUCGGGUUGAAAAUAUUAGCUCAAGGAUACAAAAGGCAGAACCAACAAAGCGCGACCCCGUGUGAAUUGGAGGUGUAAUUUUCGCAUCAGUUUGUUUUCUCCUUCAAAAUAGUGAGUGCAGCCGGGCCGGUGGUCUUUGUCGGUGCAGUGAGAAACGUGCGAAGUGUUGUGUAGGAGUGUGCAAAGGAGUGAGUGGCAGACAAACGGCACGGCCACAACAUGUCAUGCUGUGGUUCGCAGGAACCGAUCCGGCCACCGAUAAAUCCCGGCUUUCAGAGUGACAUCUUGAAGGGCCCGGAACAGGUACACGUGUCAAAGUUCUACAAGGAGGCAAAGGAUGGCAAAUUUGUCAGCUGUCUCGAGGAGGACAUCCAAACGCUGUAUCAAUCAUUUCGCAAGGGUGCCUACACGUCAAACAACGGACCCUGCCUGGGAUGGCGAGAGAACCUACAGUCACCAUAUCAGUGGAUGAACUUCAAUGAGACGCUGCUGCGCGCAAAGAACUUCGGCUCCGGACUGAUCUCGCUAGGGUUGCGGCCAGGGCCGAGCACCUUCAUCGGCAUCUACUCACAGAACCGUCCGGAGUGGGUACUGUUCGAGCAGGGCUGCUACUGCUACUCGCUCGUCGUCGUACCGCUGUACGAUACGCUCGGGCCCGAUGCGUGCGCUUUUAUCGUCGACCAGACGGAGAUGCAGGUCGUCGUGGUGGAGGACGAUAAGAAGGUGAACCUGCUGCUAGACAAGGCACCGAGGUCGCUCCGCAAGAUCGUCGCAAUCAAGGAGGUCCGGCCGGCCACGCUGCAGCGGGCCAAGAACGUCGGCAUCGAUGUGCACACGUUCGAUGAGGUGGAAAAGCUGGGCGCCAUCAGUGACAACCCGGAGCUGGAGCCGAAACCGGACGAUCUGUGCACGGUUUGCUACACGUCCGGUACGACCGGCAACCCGAAGGGCGUAAUGCUGACGCACGCCAACGUCCUGGCCGGUGUGGCGGGCGUACUGCUGCAGCUCGGGCCGCAUCGGCCACGCGUUGGCGACAUUAUGGUUUCGUUCCUGCCCCUGGCGCACAUGCUGGAGCGCUGCUGUGAGAACGGCGUCUACUAUAUGGGCGGUGCGGUCGGUUUCUUCUCGGGCGACAUCAAGGAGCUGACGAACGACCUGAAAGCGCUGAAGCCCACGCUGAUGCCGGCCGUCCCCCGGCUGCUGAACCGCGUGUACGACAAAGUGUUCGCCGAGGUGCAGCGAUCGUCCGUCAAGAAGCUGCUGCUAAACAUGGCGCUCAGCUCGAAGGAGGCAGAGAUCAAGCGUGGCAUUGUGCGGAAGAACAGCAUCUGGGACAAGCUGGUGUUCCGAAAAAUUCAGGAAGGUUUCGGCGGCCGGCUGCGCCUGAUGGUGGUCGGUUCGGCCCCGCUGUCCGAGGCGGUACUGUCGUUCUCGCGGGCCGCCCUUGGCUGUCUGAUCUGCGAGGGCUACGGGCAGACGGAAUGCACCGCACCGAUUACGCUGACGGUGCAGGGUGACUUCGUGGCUGGGCACGUAGGGCCACCGGUCGCCUGCAAUGGUAUCAAGCUGGUGGACGUGCCCGAGAUGGAGUACUACGCGUCACAGCAGCAGGGCGAAAUUUGCGUCAAGGGAGCGAACGUUUUCAUUGGGUACCUAAAAGAUCCACAGCGUACGGCAGAAACGAUCGACAAGGACGGUUGGCAUCAUACGGGCGACAUUGGGCAGUGGCUACCGAACGGUACGCUCAAGGUGAUCGAUCGCAAGAAGCACAUCUUCAAGCUGAGCCAGGGCGAAUACAUCGUGCCGGAGAAGAUCGAGAACGCCUACAUCCGCAGCCAGUACGUGGAGCAGGUGUUCGUGCACGGCGAAAGCUUAAAGAGCUGCAUAGUGGCAAUCGUGGUCCCGGACGUGGAGGUCAUCAAGAGCUGGGCCCAGGAGAACAACAUUCCCGGCACGCUGAGCGUACUGUGCAACAACCCAGACGUGAAGCAGCUCAUCCUGAACGACAUGAUCCUGUGGGGCAAAGAGUUUGGACUGAAAUCUUUCGAACAGGUCAAAGACAUCUACCUGCAUCCGGAUCCAUUCUCCGUACAGAACGGUCUGCUAACGCCUACCUACAAAUCCCGGCGGCCCCAGAUCCGAAGUUACUUUGCGCCCCAGCUGGAUGACAUGUACAAACACCUUGACUGAGCAGGGACUGAGUUGCGGUAAAACAAAAAAAAAAACGAAGCAAACGGAAGGAAUUGGGAACAGCAGUGCAAUCCCGGAUCCCGGUGUUCGCAACCACAGCAGUGCGGUGUAUCAUCCUGUUCCUUUUCUUCGCCCAGUCCAGCACACCAGAGUGCGCCCUCUGGCGGUGGGUGCUGCUGCUGCUGCUAGUAUUGAAUGUGUGCGUGUUAUACUUUUUUUUAUUAACUGACGCUCCUGACGCCCGUUCGAAGUAGAGGCGAACAAAGGUGAAGAAAGCAAAAGUGUAGGGAACGUUUAAUUAUUCUAGUAAUUUGAGUAAAGAAUAUAAAUACGAAAACCCCAAGCCCGGAACUAUGAUAUACACAUUUCGACUUUUGUUAUAUUUUGCCGCUGCAAUGAGAGAAAAUGUAAAAAAAAAGUGCAAGCCGUUCGAAGAAGGUGCUAUAUCCGGCAUGUACAAUAAGCUACAAUAUUCUUCGUCUCGUUUAUUAUCUUUCGCUCGCUCCCUCUCUCUCUCUCUCUCCCACUCAGUACCACACAAAAUUCGCAAACAGCACCGCGAGCGCGAACUAUCUUCGAAGCAAACACUUUACCAUAAAUAUUAGGAUGCACGAAAACGGCCGUUCGUCAUCACAUCCCAAAUCAUCGUUUCAAAAAUCACAAACACACACACACACACACAAACAGUGAUCGCUAAACGCUUAAAUAGAACAGAAACCGAACAACCGCCUAGCUUAGAAGGGAGAGAAGAAGAGGCACGUGACCGAGAGAAUAGCCACAAGGAUAUUUAUUGUUAUACUACAUUGGGACUCGAUUAAGCUGGUGCAAAUUUCGUCAAUUCUUCAGUGCAGGCGAGAGAGAUGGCGAGAAGGUUGUGCAUCCCCUGCAAGCCGUCGCUACAUUAGAGAGGUUCUUUUUUUGUUGUUGAGCUUUAUUUAAUUCAAUCGCAAACAGUUUAAUUCCAUUAUAUAAAGUAAAAAAAAACAUCCUAUCCAGUGUGCGCUUGUCUUCGUGCGCAACGCUAACACGCUUCAAUCGAUCAUUGUAAAUAACGGCCAGUGUUUGCAGCAAAAUAAUCGAUAAGCAGGCGACACGUUGCCGCGCGGUAUGAGGGUGUAGGAACAAGGGAGAGGGCAAUGGGGAGGGAAUGGUAUACACGAAAAACCAAUGAUGGGAGGGAAAAGAACAAAACUGUUUAUGUGCGUUCGUUUGAUGAAACUCUAGUCAUGGUUUAGCAUCUCGUCAUACAAUAACGACCGUUCGACAUUUCGUUAGGCCUUGUGUUUGCUAGUUUGCUUUAUUAUUUACGGUAUUUUUCCCUUUUUUGAAAAAGAAUCCGCAGACCAGGUGUCUUGUUUUCUGAUUGUUUUGUUUUUUUCUUCAGUCUUAUAUUUAAUUUAUUAUCCUGAGCAGGCAAUAAAGGUUUAGAUAAGUGACAAUAUAGUUACGUAGGUGUAUUAGAUUGAUACUAGGUUGUUUUUUCUUCAAAAUCAAAGUAAAAAAGGAACAUUUUUCCUUAUUUUGUUUACCGAAUUCCGUUCACUUAUUUAGAAAAAUCGUACAGUUUUAUGAAGAGUAGUGUGAGCGUGUUGAUGGAUCAAAUCUAACUAAUGGGAAAGAAACUCGAAUAGAGCAAUUAGUAGGAAAAUGGAAGUGAGCAGGGACGGAAAUUGUAUCGCUACAUGUUUUGCGUAGUAAAAAAGCGGCAUAAAUUUUACCAUUUAAAAACAAAACACACACACAAAUAUUAGGAAAUCAGGUCAGCUAGACAUGGGGAAUGGAAGGAAUGCACGAAAGCCUUGGCUGGAGGUUUUUGUCAGUAGUUGAAAUUGAUGGUGAAGUUUUAGCUGUAAGAAAACACACACACACAGUGUAAGCAAAAUAAACGAUGUUAAACGUUUUUCCGUAACAAAAAAUCAGUUUGCUGUUCGCUUUGAGAAGGAAAGUGUGAGUAAGAGACGGAACAGUAUGAUAGUGUGUAGGAUGUUUGGCAGCAAGUAAUAAGGCAUGUUAGUGAGAGCAAUGUUAGCAAUGGUGCGCGCUAAAAGUUUGAAACUCGAGGGAAGAAAGGAAAGAAUGGACGGUUAAAAGAAUACUAAAACAAAACAAAACCAUGUAGUAGUUGAAAUAAUCACAGCAUACGAGAGGAAGGGUUAAAAACAAACCACACCUACACACAAAAGUACGCAAAAAAAAGGGAAAGUAAAGAUAAAAUAAUACGGGAAAUUUACAAACAAAAUGAUUUAAAGGUAAAAUAGCACAGUAAAAUCACUAAACUAUUGGGUGAAGAGAGGGCAAGAGGAAUAAAAACCAGCAACAACAACCCAUGAAAGGAAAAUAACUACACACAAAGGAAACUUUUUACUACUGGGCGCCUAUACUUAGAUCAAAACUACAAUAAAAAUUAUUUAGUUAGUUGAAA